CUGGUUUAUAAAAAUUCGGGCCUAAUAAUCGUGUUUGUGUAGUUAAAUAGUGAAUCAAGUGCUUAACAAUGGAUAAGCUAUGACGCAUCCGUCGCAUCAAACCAACGGCGCCAGUUUAGAGGAUUGCCACACAAAUUUCUUUGCUCUGACUGAUCUUUGCGGCAUCAAAUGGAGAAAGCUUGUCUAUGGCGAGACCACUACAAGCUUUGGGGGUACACCCCUUGAAGAUCCAAUAUUGUCGAGCUUCUCCCGCUGUUUGGCGGGAGAUAUUCUUUGCGUAUGGCGGAGAGUGGCUGCCUCACCAUCAAAUGGUCCAGGUUCUGGAACCGGUGGUGGCAUUUUCGAUAUGGGCAUCACAACUUCACCUGCACCACCGCCACUUUCCUUAAAUGCCGCCAAGGAACUAUGGAUAUUUUGGUACGGAGAAGAACCUGAGCUUAGUGGCUUAGUUUCUUCGGAACUUCUAAGUUGCGACAGUGAACAAGGAUCUUGGGAAAGUGGUUUAUCGUAUGAGUGUCGAUCCCUUCUCUUUAAAGCUCUACACAACUUGAUUGAACGAUGCCUCUUAUCUCGAGAUUUUAUUCGUCUUGGGAAAUGGUUUGUACAACCAUACGAUGGUUUCGAGAAACAUCGUUGUAAUAGUACUCAUUUGUCCUUCGCAUUUGCAUUCUUUGUUCACGGAGAGAGUACUGUUUGUGCAAGCGUAGAUGUCAGACAACAUCCUGCUGUACGACACUUGACCAGAGCCUGUCUACAUCGUGCUCAAACAUCACAAUCUGCCGUCAAAGUAAUCUUAGCACCUUAUGGACUUGCUGGAACUUUGACUGGCCAAGUGAGUCGCGUUGAUAGUCAACUUUUGGAAGAAUGGAAACAUUUUUAUCCAAUAAAUGGCAGUUCACAAGAAUCUGGUUUGCCACCAUUGGUCGAAGUUCUCGUUGGUGGUGUGCGAAUGCGUUAUCCUUCUUGUUAUGUUUUGGUUACUGAUUUGGAUGAAGUAAUUGUUGACAGUCCAUUGUCACCACCAAGCAGUCCCACUGGUUAUGAUCAAUCUCUUUUGACUCAACGUAUUCUAAAACCAGCCACCGAAUUACCAGAACGCGUUUGGGCUGAAUGUAUUUUAGACACGCCAAUAUCAUCUUCCAAAUGUUCUGAUUCUUCCUUAGAAGUAGGCACAUGGACAUUUGUUGAUCCUACUCAAAAGUCUUCCUGCACUUGUUCCAAGAUCGUUCUCAAUAGAAUGGAAACACCAAAUACUCCAACUGGAGGUCCACCAUCAUAUUCAAGGGGUCCACCGACAGGUGGUGAUUGUUUGCCUGUUCCCUCAGUGGGAUCACCGGGAUCUCCAGUACCGUCACCUCUUCCAACGCCACACUCUGAACCAGCAUCAGUGCCACCAGCAGAUCCAGUAAUGCCAACUCUCAGCCCACAGCCACCUCCUAGUCAUACAAACACUGGUCCACCUUUAACACCAUUGCAAGGUCCAAAAUCCGCAUUGUCAACUUGCGUUAAUAAUCAGGUGUUCAGUCCAGUUCCAGGACCCACUCUCAAGAGACCGAUUUUGUCAUCUAAAGAAUAUGAGGGUGCACUUAUGGAGGAGGAACAACCACUCGCUUGGUUGUAUGACUAUUCAACACAAGAGGCAUGGCUUAAUCAUCCCGUUAAACGAUUUAAAGGACUCACAACAUUACCAGUAAACAGUCGCAAUAAUAAUUUGUAUCCUCCUAUGGCGUGUCAGCUCCUUCAACCUCAGGCAACACAAAUGGAAAUCAAACAAGAACCUACAAAUAAUACGGAUGCUGCUAACAGCGGUGGAAGACCAGAUCCAUAUGAAUUUGAUGCAGCUGGAGAUGAAAAUGGUGGCUCAGUUGAUGGACUAAAAAGGCCGCGGGAAGAUCCUCCAAAACCUGGCUCCCUAUUCACCAACGAAGGACUACAAGCAUCCUACAAAGAUUUAGAUCAAAUUUUCGACAACUCUGAUCCUGAUACUUCUAGCGAUGAAACAAAUUUAAAUCAACUACAGAUACAAACACCACCAGGAUCGAAUAAAUCCGGUGGCCUACACGAGGAAUCAAAAUUGGAUAGCAUAAAUAAACAUAAUAAUCGAAAUGUAAGCGUAUUAAGACCCGAGGAAUUGUCAAAAAUGUUUCCCACUCCACCAUCAUUGGAACAUAAUCCGGUAGCAUCGCCCUGCCAAUUAAGUGAUAUGCCACUUGAUCAAUCGGAAUUAUCUACCUCUCAAAGGUCAUUUAGGCAUCUUCCCGAUAUUUAUCCCAACAUGGGAUCACCACCCGAAGAGCCAAUUGACGAUUGGUCAUAUGUUUUUAAGCCGGCAACAAUUUGUAAACUCGUUGGUUCUUCGAAAUAUGCUCCACUUACAAAUUUGCCAAGUCAAGCACUAUCGCCCAUUUCACUGCCAUCGCAUUGUGUUUAUAGACCUUCAUGGCAAUGCAAUGCAAAUAAUUCCGAGAAAACAACAACAACAACAGCAGCGACAGCAACAACAGCUGCUGCAGUAACAACAACAACAACGCCACCAACACGACCAAGUUCAGUGCAACAAUUACUUUGUCCACCAAGUCCAGCAGCUUCUGGUGGCACAACUCCUUAUCGAGUUAAUAUUUCCGGUAGACAGCAACAACAACCACCGCCGCCACCUCCUCCGCCUCCUCCACCGCCACCACCUCCACCUUACGAUCAACCCAGUCCCGCCACUUCCACUACAUCAUCCUAUUUGAAUAAAAAUCCAAACAGCAUCGAAGCUGACACACCCGGACCAAUACGUGUACCGGAAUCAAAUUCACUUGUCGUCAAUAUUCUCCUUGGUGACACGGCCCUCAAUAUAUUUCGGGACCAUAAUUUCGAUAGUUGCAGUCUAUGCGUUUGUAAUGCAAGUCCAAAAGUUGUUGGCAAUAUUAAAGGCGCUGACGCCGGUACAUAUUUGACAAAUUCAUGGUCAACAAAUAGUGCAUUCUUUCAAGAGGACGAUCAAAUUCGUUGUAGCUGUGGUUUUAGUGCCGUUGUUAAUCGACGAUUGUCACACAGAGCGGGACUAUUUUACGAAGACGAAAUGGAAAUAACAGGAAUUGCCGAUGAUCCCGCGGAGAAAAAGAAAGGUUCCCUCGCGCCAUUCCUAUGCAAUGGUAAUAAAAUACCCGAAGCUUUGGAUACAUUACCACCCGAUAUACUAGAUCUAUUGAGAGAUCAAUGUUUAAUUGUUGAAAGUUCAGCAAGUAGUUUAUAUAGAGCGUCAAGAAUUUAUGCCAUGACUAAAAGUUAUCCCUCAUGGCUACCAACGGUUAAUGUAUUAGAAUUUAAUGAUGGCAAUGAAGUUUCAUUAACGGCUUUAGAUCAAGGGAAAAUUGAUGGCACACAUAAUGAAAGAAUUAAUCGUAAUAGCGGUGUACAUCAGUGGGCAUUUUUACGUGCAAAAGGACCGCAAUGUAGUGGCGAUAUUGUACGUAUGAUGAGGGUGCUUCAACCACUGUUGCAAGAGGCGGUGCAGAAAAAAUGUACAACACGAAUGUGGGAAGCGCCGUAUACUGUUACUGGACCACUUACGUGGAGGCAAUUUCAUCGUUUGGCUGGUAGAGGUACUGAUGAUCGCUGCGAACCACAACCAAUACCAGCAUUGGUUGUUGGCUACGACAGAGAUUGGCUUUCACUUUCACCAUAUGCUCUUAGUUAUUGGGAAAAGCUUUUACUUGAACCAUACGCUGGGCCUAGGGAUGUAGCUUAUGUUAUAUUAGCGCCAGACAAUGAAUGUGUUAUCAAGAAAGUUAAGACAUUCUUUCGUGAACUCUCCACUACUUAUGAGAUUUGUCGUUUGGGAAGGCACACUCCUAUUUCAAAAGCAUCACGUGAUGGUAUUCUUCGAGUAGGUAAAUCGGUAACUGAAAAAUUCUCGAAACAACCUGUCGACGAUUGGUUCAAAUUAUUAGGCGAAAAUCAAAUAGGAGAAUUAUUACGACUCUAUGCUACAGUUUGUAAUCAUCGUUUAGCUCCGUAUUUGACACAAGUUAUUCAGGAUCGUAGUUUAUUAGACACUGGUGACAAUCAUUCUAAUAAACAACAGCAAUUACAAUCUCAAUCACAAACGCAACAGCAGCAUCAACAACAAACACAACAGCACGCAACAACUGCACCAUCAGAAAAUAUGCCUGUCACUCCUGAUGGAACGCUGAGUAAGCCUGAAUCUAUUGAAGGAGAAAAUGCACGUAGUGAAACUCCGAAUGCAACUCCAAAUGCAAAUUCAACAAUUGGCAAUACAACGCCAACUUCUGUAAAUACUUCCACUGCUGCUUCUGCAACUAUUGGUCCUGAUGAUGAACAAGUUGAACCUCCAUCAAUUGUUGUUUAUUUAGUUGAUCCAUUUUCUCUUGGUGGUACGGAAAAUGUUGAUCGACGAAGGCUUGCAAUUUUAGCUUUAUUAAGGGCAUAUUCCGCUGCUGUUCGGAGUAUGCCAGAAAAUAUUAGAUCAAAUAUUAACGUGCAGUUAAUAUCGUUAGAAAGUGUAAUGGAAUUGGGGCGAGCUCGUGAAAAAUUAAAAAUUCAGGAGGAAAUGAGAGCCCUAGCUUUAACUGUCUUCUUACAAGGUCGACGUCUUCUCAAUCAUAAUUCAACUGUUAAAAGUCUAACUGGUUUUGGUACUGCGGCCGCUGCCGAUCUUUUCCUCAAAAGUAAAGAUUCACUUAGUAAUUCUAUUGCCACUCUACAUCAGGAACGAAAUAAAUCACCAUAUCGACUGUACGCACCGGCAUAUGUCCUCGCACCGUUGCGAGCAAAAAGUGAAGCACCCGAAUCUUUUGGAAUUGCUGGACCAGAAGAAUGCGCUGUACUUUAUUUGAGCUAUUGCUUAAGUGAGGAUCAAUCUUUAUUGUUGGCCGUUGCAACUGAUGAUCGUGGAGAAAUAUUUGAGAAUACAGCUAUUAAUAUUGACGUCCCAAAUCGAAAACGAAGGAAACGUGCUUCCGCAAGACGUAUUGGUCUGCAAAAAUUAAUGGACUUCAUUCUUGGUGUUAUGUCACAGGGGGUCCAACCAUGGAGAUUGGUUGUGGGAAGAAUAGGUCGCAUUGGACAUGGGGAAUUAAAAGGUUGGAGCUGGUUACUUUCACGAAAAGCUCUUUUGAAGGCGUCAAAACAUUUAAAGGAAAUUUGCGGACAAUGCAGUCUUUUGUAUCCUACCGCAGCUCCAUGUGUUCUUAGUGCUUGUUUAGUGUCAUUAGAGCCGGAUUCGACAUUACGACUAAUGGCUGAUCAGUUUACUCCUGACGAACGAUUUAGUCAGGCAUCGGUUAACUGUCAGUUAUCAACUCCGCAAGAUGUUACGUGUACUCAUAUUCUUGUAUUUCCAACUUCAGCUACUACUCAAUCUUCUCAGACUGCAUUCCAAGAACAACAUAUUAAUGGACCGGAACUUGGAGAUGAAGAAUUAUUCUCCGCAUUAAAUGACGAUAUGCCAGAGGGAAUGGAAGGAAUGGGAGAUUUUAAUGAUAUAUUUAAUGUAUGGCCGGAAGCUGGUGCUGGUGGUGGUCAAAGUCCUAGUGGAAGUCCUCAUCGUCAGGAAGAGUCGCCACUUGGUGGUGAAGGUGGUGGUUCUGGUUUAGGAAAUCAUGACGGUCCUGGUAGUCCAUUUCAGUGCAACACACCAAGAGUCGCAGCAUCCGAGCAAGCGGAAGAAGUUGGUACACUUUUACAACAACCAUUGGCUCUUGGAUAUUUAGUAUCAACGGCUCCAACUGGUAGUAUGCCUUCUUGGUUUUGGGCAGCAUGUCCACAUUUGGAAGGAGUUUGUCCAGUAUUUUUGAAAAAUGCGCUUCAUUUACAUAGUCCCGCAAUUCAACAGAAUAGUGAUGAUUUAUUACAACAACAAAGUGCUCUCACUGCUCAUCCACUUGAUUCCCAAUUUACCACCGAUGUAUUAAGAUACGUAUUAGAAGGGUAUAAUGCACUUUCUUGGUUAGCAGUUGAUGCAAACACGAAAGACAGACUUUCAUGUUUGCCAGUUCAUGUUCAAGCACUUAUGAAACUCUAUCACACAGCAGCAGCUCUCGUCUGACCAACAAUGUCUUUUGAUGUUGCGCAACAAGAUGCGCACUUUUCUCAUGCACUUAUUAUUGUUCCGUCAUCACUUGGGGCUUUGCGAGAAAAGUUUAUUUCAUACGCCUCAUCUUUACCGUCGGUUUGACCAUAGAGAUUAUUAUAAUAAAAAAACAAAAAAGCAAAAAAAAAAAAAAAAAAACAAAAAAAAAUAUACUGAACGUUUAUUGAUAUAGGUUCACAUUGAUUAAAAUUCAUCAAUUAUAUUGUACUACUGUAUCAUCGGAAAGUGGUUUUUAACAAAAAAAAAAAAGAAAAUAGACUUCGGAAAUGCAGUAAAAAAAAAAACAUUUCUUACCCACACAAUUAGCAUAUAGGUUAAUUCUUUUUUUUUUUAAUUAUUAACGUAAAUUACGUUAAAUUAGUAAAUAUCAAAAAAAUUGUAAAAUGGGUAGAAAGGUGAAAAUGAGAAAAUUGUUUCUCGCGAAAAAUGAUAUUGUAUGUAUGUAUUGUACGUAUGAAUUAAAAAUGUGGGUGUGAUUUUUUGCAUUAGGCUCUCUUACAGUAGAUAGAUGAAUUGAACAUCAAAUUUUAAGGUGUUGUAUCCAAAUGUUUUUAAUUGUAUAUUAGAUUUUGUAAAAAAGUUUUUAUUAUAUUACAUAGUGUUCCAAUCAAUAUUGAUAAAAAAAAAAAAAUGAUCUUUUAACUUGAAAUAAUCUUAUAAUAAAACUUAUGGUAGAUUUUUUUUUUUCUCUUUUUUUUUCCUUCUGUUUUUAAUUAAUGAACGCAAGCCUCGUAUAAGCCCCUGGUGAUAAGUAUAUAUAAGUAAGUAAAAAUAUGCACAGUAUUGGGUCUGUGUUAUUUCUUAGAUCCUUACGCUGUUACUUUUCUCCAAUGAAGUUGAAGAUUAAAAAAAAAAAAAAAAAAAUCCAGUAACGUCAUUAUAUUAUAAUAUCCAUUUAUAGUGUAAAAUAUUGUUUUUAAAAUAAUUUAUCAAAAGUGAAAAAAUGUCACUGAGAUUAGGUAAUUAUGUAUUAAGCGGACUGAACGAAAAAGAAAAAAAUAAAAGAGAGGCGAUGAGGGCACAAAAAAAAGUCAAGUAGAUCAGUAAGAGAUAAAAGAAGAAGAAAUUGGGAGAGUACUGAAAUCGUGAAUAAGAGAGAGAGAGAAAGAGAGAGAAAAGUGCGUCUGCUUGAAAGCCUAGGUGGCCAAUUGCGUCAGUUGCAUAGUACAAAGUUGACUUGUACAUAGGAAAACCUUUUAAAGCCCCAUUAGUUAAUUUACUCACAAUUCACCCUCACUCACUCACUCUGUAUCUAUAGUAUUUAUUACUUGGGUAGUACUUCAUUAUUGGGAUUAUAUUAUUAUUAUUAUUACUAUUAUUAUUAUUAUUAUUAUUAUUAUAUUAAUAUUACAAAAUACAA